AUGGAGGCACCUGCAGUAGUGGAAGAAACGCCAAAGGUGGACGCCAUCCUUGGAGGCGCCCACAAAGCCAACGUUGCUCGAGCAUCCGAGGUGUGCCUGCUGUCAAAAGGAUUCAAGGAGACGGCUUGGUUUAUGGACAGCGGGUGCACACAGCACAUGACGCACCGCGCUGAUUGGCUACGCGACUACCGGGAAUCCGGAGUCCCUUACGUCCUACUCGGGGAUGAAGGAAAACUUCAAGUGCAAGGAGAAGGGGACCUCAUUUUACAGAGCCCCUAUGGGGAGCUGAAAAUGGACAACGUUCUCCUGGUGGAGAAGCUGUCCCUCAACCUGAUAAGACAAACGCAACUGGACAACAGUGGUUGCAAGACGUUCAGUGACAACGGAAAGCUGUGGGUGUUCGGUCCCGACUGGCAACUGCUAGCGGAAGGCGCACGGACUCAAGGACUCUACGAGAUGAAGCUGAAGGAGCAAGAUUCGCGUGAAAGCAAGGUCACCUAUCAACCUGAACCUGAAGAGGGGAAGAAGGCCCGAGAAGACCUACGUACCAUGCUGGAAAAUACUGCAGUGACCGAACUGCAGCAGCUGAAGCUUCCCGUAGCAGCAGCGGCGGAAGCGGUUGAUAUCAAUCUCCUGCACAAAAGGAUGGGGCAUGCGAACACUCAACGGAUCAAGGAAAUGAUGAAGAAAAACAUGGCAGCGGGAGUGAAGAUCCCGAGAGCCACGUUGUUCCUUGGCAUGAACCUGGAGCGGGACCGAGAAGGGAAGAAGCUGUUACUCUACCAAAAGAAGUAUAUUCAUCGGUUGCAAGAAAGGUUUGGAACACGGGACUGCACCAAGGCAGUGACCACUCCGCUCAGCAGCCUGUCAGAGAAGGAAGUCAAUCCAGAAGAAGAACUCAUCCAGUGGGGCAGCAAGGAGCAGGCAUUGAAGGCUUACCAGUCACGGGUCGGAUCGGUGAUGUACCCUGUCUCUUGUACGCGGGUAGACGGUGCACAUGCUGCCAGCUUCUUGGGGCAGAACGUGCUGCAGCCAGAAGGCCGCAAAUGGAAGGAGAUGCAGCGCACAAUCACCUAUCUGCAGCAACGGGGAGAAGAGGGGCUACUAUACGAAGGCGGAGAAGAAGCAAUGGAGUUAAUCGGAUACGCUGAUGCAUCCCAUGCAUCAGACAAGAAGGACAGGAAGGGAGCUUUUGGAUACGAGGAAGAGAAGGGAGAACGUUCUGGACCGCCAGAAUUUUCCCUUGCAGCUUCUCUCCUCCCUUUCUCCUCCCUCGCCUUCACCUACCCACUCAUUCGCCAUUCACCUGCCACUCCACUCUCUCCUCCACUCCCUGCUCCUCCUAUGUUGCCUCUCCCCUGCCCUCCAUCCACACUCCUCGGACCCCACCCUACCCUCUCAUCCUCUCCCCCUCUAGCCUCUACCGCCCCCACCGCUGUGGCAGCACACCCCACUUCACGCCUCUCAUGCUCCCACCACCCCCAUGCACCACACGCUCUUCUUCCUCCCUUUCUUCCUCCUCCUCUUCCCCCUUCCCCGCCCCGUCCCCGUCACAAAUUCCCACCCCCUCCCUCGCCCUCAACCCCAACUCCUCCUCCUCCCCCCUCCUUCGACUUCUCUCCGGCAACCCACUCCAGCAACCCCCUGUCCUCCCUCAUUUCUUUCCUCCCCUCCCCAUCCCCCACCCUCCCCUCUCCCCGCACCUGUCUCGCCAGCACCAUCAGUCGUUUCAAGCGGCACACUUGCUUCUGCCCCAUCUCGCACCAAUCUUCUCCCACGUUGCUGCGUUCACUUGCACCCGCCCCCCCUCUCAUCCUCCUCCGCGUUCCCCCCAGCUCCCCCACUCGCGGCCCCCCUUUGCACCCUUCCUUGCGCUCGCCCUCUUGUUUCUGCCGCGUGCUCUCCCCCCUUUCCCUCUAUCCCGCACUUCCCCACCCCUUCGCCUGCCCAUUCUCCCCUCUUCCGCCCUUCAACUCCCGCUCAUGCUUUCCGUGCCACGCCUUCUCCUGCCCCUCGCCCCAAUUCCGCCAAACCCAAGCCACGCGUGCCCGCAUUCUCACUCCCCCUUCCCCUCCUUGCGCCUCCCCUCCCCGCUCCGCCUCCUCUGUAACACCCAAGGCUAUUAUAGUAGAGAUUACAAGGUUUUAA